GUGCAGUACCAGUAGCAACGAGACAAGUUACUUUGACUUACUUCCGUAGUACGCUCGAUAGGCGUAAAUUGCUGUACUGUGUGUGAAGCAAAGGAGAAGCGAGACACGUGGAAUAUUCAACAAAUAGGACUAACCAUCAUAUACAUGAAUACUUUUCCUUUAUGAUACUGUCCAACAUAAGUCUUCAUCUAAGAAUAUUUAUGAAAUAUUGCUUGUAAACUUCUUGCACAUGACGUCUGUGUACUACAAUACGCCUAUGUGCUUUAUUCAGGAGUAACCAAUCUUUGCUUUGCAGCUAGCUGGACGAAGAGUCACAAAUACGUAAAACUCCAAAUUCUGGAAAAAUGGCCACACAUCUUGUAAGUGGACGCGUGAAUCUAGCAUUUUGGAGAGAAGUCGCAAGAAGAGAACUAUUAGAUUGCCUAGACAAAUGCAUAGGGAGUAAGGCAGUGGUCUGGGAUGACUUUCUUACAGGACCAAUUGGACUCAUAGCUGAAUAUUCCUUGUUGAAGGAGCAUGAAGUCGACCGUAUGUUCCCCCUCCGACCUGGCCAUCUACCUCUCAAAAGCACGUCCAGUGGUGCUGGCGGCAAUAUCCAGAAUGUCAUCUUCAUCGUGCGACCUCGCUUGGAGCUGAUGACCAUUGUCGCAGAUAAUAUCCGCAAGGCUGAGGAAAAUCCUGGACGUUUUCGCAAAGAAUUCCACAUUUACUUUGUGCCAAGGAAGAGUCUUCUGUGCGAGAGAAAACUGACAGAGCUUGGAGUAUAUGGAACACUGAAUACAGUAGGAGAGUACAAUCUGGAUCUCUUGCCCUUCGAUAGUGAUAUAUUGUCUAUGGAGUCAGACUCUGCCUUCAAGGACUGUUACCUUCAGGGAGAUCCCACCUGCAUGUUCCAUGUGGCUAAAUCAUUGAUGAAGCUACAGGCUUUAUAUGGCAUCAUCCCAAAUAUAUACGGCAAAGGAGAGUGUUCAAGGCAAGUGACAGACAUGAUAAUGAGAAUGAGACGAGAGAUGGCUGGUACAGAACGACUCAUCUCACCUCAGAUUGAUUGCUUGCUACUCAUUGAUCGUAACGUUGACCUCUUGACCCCUCUCAUGACGCAACUCACCUACGAGGGCCUCAUUGAUGAAAUUUAUGGCAUCACAAAUGCGACGGUCAAACUGCCACCAGAAAAAUUUGCCAAGAAAGACGAUGACCCUAAGCAGGGCCAACAGCAGCAGCAACAGCAACAGGAUCUCCCAACGGAACCCAAGAAGGUCCAACUCAACUCUGCUGAUGAGCUCUUCUCGGUCAUCAGGGAUAGGAACUUCCAUGCUGUUGGACCAGAACUCAGCCGUAGGGCCAAGAUCCUCUCAGCUCAGUAUGAGGAACGUAAAGAUGCCAAAUCGGUGUCAGCAAUCAGACAGUUUGUCUCAAAGUUACAUCACAUACAGGCAGCAAAGAUGUCUCUAGCUACACAUACAUCGAUUGCAGAACUGAUCAAAGAGAGAACAGACAAGGAGAGCUUCAUGGAUUCAUUGCAGACACAACAAGAAUUCAUGAAUGGCAUUGACACGGAUAAGAUCAACAGCCACAUAGAAGAUUGCAUUGCAAGAAAGGAACCUCUGAUUAAGGUGCUAAGACUUCUCUGUAUGCAGUCUGUCACAAACAAUGGUUUAAAGCCAAAGAUCUUUGAUUACUACAGGAAAGAAAUAUUACAGACGUAUGGGUUUGAGAAUAACCUGUCUCUGCAGCAGUUAGAGAGGGCAGGCUUGCUUCGAGUCCAGGAACAGAAGACUUACCCUACCAUUAGAAAGACUCUUAAGCUAGUCAUGGAAGAUGUUAAUGAACAGAACCCUACAGAUAUAUCCUACGUAUUCAGUGGCUACGCCCCUCUGUCUGUGAGGCUAGCCCAGUUCUUGGCUAGGCCCGGAUGGCGUAGUAUAGACGAGGUCCUGAGACUGCUUCCUGGUCCUACGAUAGAAGAGAAACAAGUACUCCCGACAGGACUACAGAAGAAAAGGCCUAUGAUAGGAGAUAGCCAAGGUGAUUCAACAAAGGUCACGCUGAUCUACUUCCUGGGCGGGGUCACGUACGCUGAGAUUGCAGCUCUUAGGUUCCUCUCACAGCAGGAAGAUGCUCCAACUGAAUUUGUGAUUGCAACAACCAAGAUCAUCAAUGGUCACAACUGGUUACAGAGUAUGUUAGAAGUGCCCCAGACAUCUACAGAAACUACACCACAAAGAUGAGUUAGGAUGAUUUGUGGUUUCCUUCACACCUCUAUUUUUAUUUACCUUUUAUGGACAGAAAGGUGCUUGACUUACCUAAAUACGCUUCCAUUAUAUGA